AAAUGUCCGCCAUCGUAGCGAUGGCGUAACCAAGUGAUUAGAAGACAAUUAACCAACAAAAUAAUAAGAUGAUGAUGAUUAAAAUGCAAUUGGAAAACUAAACAAUCAAAUGUCAACAAUUGACCAGCAACAGAUAAAACUCAAAGAUCGUUCCCUAGGUAACCUAAUCUUCAAUAGAAACAUUAAUCAUAUUGUCUUGUUUUUUAUUCUUUUAAUUUGCUCACUAAUUAAUCUUGUUCAACAGUUAAUUGUCAAUCAUUUAAUCUGGGACUCAGUGAUUUCCUUCAACUAAUUUACUCGAAAUGACAAUUUAACGACCAACCCAUCAACAAUCAAUUCUCUUUGGACUUAAAUGUCUUUUUAUAUGUUUGUUGCUUUUUCUCAUCUAAUAAGAUGAGACAAAGAAAAAGAUAAAAGUUCAAUCGAAAGAUUUAUCGUGAAGUUCAUUGUGAUUCUUGAUUGUUUUGUUCCUUCAUGAUGAAUCAAUUUACUCUUGAUAACAUUUGGAAUCAACUCUCAGUUCUCCAUUGGAACAAUCAACUUUAAAUAUUCUUCUUUCUUCUCUUUCUUUUUUUCUACAAUUUUCUAUUCUUUUUUGACAUUGAUAAAAAACAAACAACGAAUUCAUUUCUCCUCGAAUAUCUGGUUAAUCAACAAGAGAGAGAGAGAGAGAGAGAGAAAAUCAUCAACCUUGGAACAGGAAUAUGAGUUAUCAUGAAUGGAAAUUCAUCUGUUAGUCUGGGUGAAGGUAAUCCUGAUUCUGAGAGUUACGAUAAAUCAGGUCAAACUAUUCUAGAGGAGAUUUCCAUUUCAUCCAAUGAUAUUAAUCAUCAAGAUGUAAUCGAUUAUGCUAAAACCAUUGGGAUUAAUCCUUCAACUGAAUCGUAUCUCCUUUGGAUCGCUCGGAAGGGAUUAUUAGCUCCUCUACCUGAUUCCUGGAUUCCUGUACAAGAUCAACUGGGUCGUAUCUAUUUCCACAAUAAGGUAACUGGAUUUUCCACUUGGACCCACCCAAUUGACAAGUACCUCCAAUCGUUUGUGAAAAAGAAACGAUCCCAACAGCGAAAGUCACUCAUGGCUUCGAAUGACCGACUCAAUCCAUUGGUCAAUCUGCGAUUCUUGGAUGUUGGUGAUGAGGAUGACGAAGAUGCUGAAGGAAAUGUUAAGGAUGGUGAGGGUGUUGGUGGUUUACGAUUGACAGGUAAUCGUAGUAAACAAAUUGGGAAAUCAGGAAAAGAGGAUAAACUGAAUUUAGGUCAAUCCUUAAUUUCUGGUGAAAAGACGAAACAGCGAAACGACGAGUUGAUGUUGAAAAGUAAAAAUACCUCUUCAAAUGAUGUUAUUGUCGAUCAGCGAUUAACUUUAAGUUCUUUGGAUGAAUCAAUUGAGGAUGAUAUCGAUUCGAUACAAUUGGAAUUGGAUGAUGAUGCAUUCAAGGAAAUAGAAGAUGAUGGAAGCCUUGAAGAGGAAAUUGUUACCUUAGAUGUAACCGAAGGUGGACCAUGCGAGAAGAAUUAUCAUGAAAUCUAUCAAAUUGAUCUAUUGACAAUCGAUCUUGAUUAUCGUGAUAAUCAGCGAGAAAGAAAAGGUCAGAUUGAAGAGGAACAAACGAAAAGGGUGAAAAUCGAGAGGCCUAAAAGUGGGCGACCCGGUGCAAGGAAUAUAAAACCAUCUCUGGAGGUUAAUGAUGAUUUAGAUAAUUAUAUCGACGGAGAUGUUGAUGGUGAUGAUGAUUUCUCACUACAAAGCCUGGAAAAUGAUCCAUUCGCUGGGGAAGGUGUUGGCAUGUUCCAGGUAACCAGACAAGAAUUGGUUAAUCUUCCUUCAUUUCCUAUCAGUCAAUUGGAGACAUUGAAAGAGGAACCAGAUGAAGAUGCUAAAAAUGAGGAUGAAGAUGAAGAAGUAAAAGUUGUGGAUGAUGGAGAUGAAAUUGAAUUUGAAGAGGAUGAUGAUGAUGUUGAGUCAACGAACGCUGAUAAACAAAUUGGAAAUGAUGGAGUUGGUAGACAGAAACACGAAUUGAUUGAUUUGAUUGGACAGCAAGCUAAUUUUAGAAAAUUGUCUGAUCAAUUGAGAAAAGAAAUAACUAAUUUGCGAGAUGAAUUGUUUACAGUUAUCAAUCGUAAAUCAGAUGAUUUAGCCAAAAAGACGGUUGAAAGAUUGGAUGGAGUGGAAAGGAGAUUAUCUCAGUCUGAGAAAACUAUUAACUCGAUACAAUCAGACCAAAAGAAACAGCAAAUGGAAAACAAUUUAAUCACCACUAAUCGUCAUGGAUCCGAUUGUACAACUGAGAUUAACAAGAUUAGACAAGAAGUUAAUUCGGUGAACAGUAAAGUGGAUCAAGUUAUGGAAGAUUGUAAACAAUUGGUGAACAAAGAAAGUGACCUGGUGAAGAAAAACUUGAGCGAUAUUAAAGAUGAGUUCGAAAUGACCAUGGAACAGUUCAGGGAUUUCAAAAAGGACAAUGAUCUAACAAUUAAAGCUCUGAGGAAACAAUUGACUGAAGUUUCCACAAGUCAAGAUAAUUUGGAAAGUUUGAUGAAGACCCAAAGUGACCUGCACCGAUUAUCUCGAGAUGUGAACAGUUUCCGUCAGGACGAUGAUGAAGAUCAAGAUGCCUUAAGAAGUGAGUUGAAACACUUGAUGAUGAAAGAAAAGUUGGAACAAGAAAAAUUAUCACAAUCGAUUGAUGAGAUUCGAGAUUUGGUUCGUAAAGAGAUCAAUUCGAUGGAAAAAUCAAUUAGGAAACAAGAUGAACAAUUUACCAAAAGUCAAGCAACAAUCAACGACGAUAUGAAUCAAACCAAAUCAGUUUUACACUAUUUAACUAAAGAAUUGGAUUCAAUCAAACAAUCAAUCGAUGAGAAGAAAAUUAUUGAAGGUAAAGAAAGUGAAUUAACUGCAUCCAAUGCUGCCAUAGAAGAGAAACUUAAUCAAUUAGAGAGCAAUUUAACAACAAUUAACGGUAAACUUGAAGCAAUUCGAGUUUCGAGAGAAAGAGAGAGAAAGAUGAGAAUGAGAUCAAGUAAUCACAAUUACAAUCGAUCGAGAAAAUUAAUCUCGAGUUGCUCAUCUUACGAAAAUAGUUCAUCAUCUUCAGAAGAUGAAAGAAAUCGUGAUAAAUCAACUUCUAAGACUCGAAACAAACACCAACCUCAUCAUCCUCAUCACAAUGGAUCAUCUUCCCAACAUCAUCAAUCUAAGAUCGGCUUUGAUUCUGGGCUGAAUCGACAUCGUGAUUACAUCAAAUACUCGCCUCUUCAUUUCUCGCCGAUAUUAAUAUCUAGCCAGCCGAUGGAAAAACCUCAUCGCAUGAAAAGUUCGUCUUCGUCUUUAUUGGCCAUGAUUCGUCGAACUAGUAGAUUAUUACAAGACGAAGCUUCCGAUCUCGAUGGUCUUGGUAAUUAUCGAUUUGUCUCCGAUAUUUCCAAUGGCCUCAUGUCCCGAAACGACUUGGAUGCCGAUGAAAGUGCCAUUAGGAAACUCAAGCAAAUUCGAUGUGAUAUCGAUGAGAAAUUAAAAAGGCUCAAUGUUUUGGUCAAUUCAACUAAUGGCGAAGAUAAAGAAAGGACAGCGAAAAAUUAAAUCGCCGAUCAAGUUAAAUACUAAAAAUUAUUCUCAAUCUUUAUCAAUAGAAAUCACUAAAUCAAACAAUAAAUUAUUCAUUACUAAAUUACUCAUUUGUUAAUUAGCCAAAAAGCUCAAAAAAUUGUACUUUUUGUAUUAUGUUAUGAUAAUAAUUGUUAACCAAUUCCCUUGAUUAACUUUUUCUUUUGUAUUAUUAUUAUACCAAAAUCUCAGUGAAACUAAUUAAAUUUACUA